GGUCUCGGGGGGUCCCGUUGCCCCCCGGGCCGGAGCCAUGGGCGAAUGGACCAUCCUGGAGCGGCUGCUGGAGGCGGCGGUGCAGCAGCACUCCACCAUGAUCGGCAGGAUCCUGCUGACCGUGGUGGUCAUUUUCCGCAUCCUGAUCGUGGCCAUCGUGGGCGAGACGGUCUACGAGGACGAGCAGACCAUGUUCAUGUGCAACACGCUGCAGCCGGGCUGCAACCAGGCCUGCUACGACAAAGCCUUCCCCAUCUCCCACAUCCGCUACUGGGUGUUCCAGAUCAUCCUGGUGUGCACGCCCAGCCUGUGCUUCAUCACCUACUCGGUGCACCAGGCGGCCAAGCAGCGCGAGCGCCGCUGCUCCUUCCUGCAGCCGCUGCUGGAGCCGCGCCGGCCCAAGGCCAACGGGGGCCUGGGCGCCGAGGGGGCGCCCAAGGAGGAGCCCGCCGAGCUGGGCAUGGCGAGGCCCCAGCGCAGCGCCAAGGUGAAACGGCAGGAGGGCAUCUCCAGGUUCUACGUCAUCCAGGUGGUGUUCAGGAACGCGCUGGAGAUCGGCUUCCUGGGCGGGCAGUACUUCCUGUACGGUUUCAACGUGCCGGCCAUCUUCGAGUGCGACCGCUACCCGUGCGUCAAGGAGGUGGAGUGCUACGUGUCGCGGCCCACCGAGAAGAGCGUCUUCCUGGUCUUCAUGUUCGCCGUCUCGGGGGUCUGCGUGCUGCUCAACCUGGCCGAGCUCAACCACCUGGGCUGGCGCAAGGUGCGCGCCGCCGUCCGAGGCCCGCCAGCGCCAAGAGCCUGGGGGCCCGCGCAAGGGCGGGACAGCGCGGCGGCGGCAACGGUGCCAGCGCUGGGCAGGACGCAGAGCAGCGAGUCGGCCUACGUGUGA